CACAUUUGAGCUGAGUUCUCGCAGUGCAGACACAUCCAAACCAGAGCUCCCUCAUUCACACAUCCUUCGCCAUGAUUGCCCAGACUCUGUUCGUUUUGGCACUGAUCCUGUCCGCUGUGGUGGCCAUUCCCAUUGAUCCCUAUGGACUGUCGGCUCCUGGACUCACCUAUGCGGCUCCUAAGCUGCUAGCUGCACCAGCCAUUUCCUAUGCCGCUCCCAAGCUCCUGGCUGCUCCUGCCAUCUCGUAUGCCGCUCCUGCCAUCUCUUAUGCUCCUAAGGUCCUGGCCGCCCCCGUUGCCGUGGCCAAAGUGGCUGUUGCCGAGCCCUACGAUCCCAAUCCGCAGUACAGCUUCUCGUACGGAGUAACCGAUCAUCACACCGGCGACUCCAAGCAGCAGGAGGAGACCCUGGUCAACGGAGUCGUUCACGGCAGCUACUCCCUGGCCGAACCCGAUGGCACCAUUCGCAAGGUCACCUACACCGCCGACAAGAUCAACGGAUUCAAUGCCGUCGUGGAGAAGAAGGGCGUGGCCGCGGUGGCCAUUGCCAAGCCAGCUCUGGCCGUCGCCGCCGUUCCCGCCAUCACCAAGAUUGGAUACGCCUCGGCGCCUGGUCUGAGUCUGGGUGGAUACCAUUAGGCGAUGAGCCAGCGGACCGAGCGAUGACAAACUCCAUGGCCUAGUUGUAGGACCGUUGUUAAAUAGUUCUAAUGCAUUUACCCACUUUUCUGUCAGUCAAAACCCGAAACACAAGGACGUGCGUGCUGUUGCCACCCCGCUGUUGACCCACAUUCCCAAUUUCCGAUCGAAGGAUCGCCAACAUAGACUACGUUUACGGAUACCGUUCUGGGGAUCUGGGGAACGGCUAUUCGCCACUUAGUGAAUUAGUAACUGCAUCUACUGAAUAAAAGUUUCGGUAC